CGAAGUCCGGUCCUCGAUCUCUCCGUCCUCUCUCGGCAUGGACUCAUCAAAACCCUCACUCUCUCAAAUCCCAAACCCUAACCUCACCUCUCAAAACCCCCAAAAUCAAUGGCCAUCUCAAUCUCCCCCCUCCUCUCCCCCAGUCUCCAUCUCCCUCCUGCAACCCACCCUCGCUACUCAAACCCUAGUGUUAGGGUUAGGACUCACUCCCCAUUUCGAUCCUCGCUUCAAUCGCAUCAGGAUUCGAUCGGAUUCGAUGCGGUUACGGAGCUGGAGCUGCAAAGGAAGGGUUUCAUGGGGCUGAGGAAGACGAAGCUGGUCUGUACUGUGGGCCCCGCUUGCUGCUCCGGAGAGGAGCUCGAGAGGCUGGCCAUGGCGGGAAUGAAUGUGGUGAGGUUGAACAUGUGUCAUAACACGAGGGAGUGGCAUCGGGAGGUGAUUAGGGCUGUUAAGAGGUUGAAUCGGGAGAGGAGGUUUUGUGUUUCGGUGAUGGUUGAUACUGAGGGGAGCCAGAUGCAUGUGAUCGAUCACGGGAGUGAUUUAACUGUCAAAGCCGAGGAGGGCUCGAUGUGGUUAUUUACUACUGAAAAGUUCAAAGGUUCUCGCCCGUUGACAGUCCAAGUGAAUUUUGAAGGAUUUUCAGAAGGUACCAUUGUGGGUGAUGAACUCGUAAUAGAUGGUGGGAUGGCAACAUUUCAAGUUGUAGAGAAGGUCGGACCUAAUUUGCGAUGCAAGUGCACAGACCCUGGUUUACUUCUGCCUCGAGCUAAACUGUCAUUCUGGAGGAAUGGAGAACUUGUUGGGGAGGAAUCUGGUCUUCCAACCUUGUCGAGUAAGGACUGGGCCGAUAUUGAAUUUGGAAUAUCUGAGGGAGUUGAUUUUAUUGCUGUCUCAUUUAUAAAAGAUGCUAAUGACAUCAAACAUUUGAAGGCUUAUCUUUCCAGAAGAUCAACAGAGACCAUUGAAGAUCAGAUUCUUACUAUGAUUUGA